AUGUGGUUGCUAGAAAGUGAACUUUUCGAGGGACGGGUCCUUUGGCUGCGACCUGGGAAAGUUUAUCUUUUUGGUCGCACUGUUGCUGAACCGGGGCAACUGGCCAUUUCCGACAGAACGAUCUCCAGGAAACAUAUCACGAUUAAAAUCGAUGACGUUCCCGAUGGUGGCGGUAGAAAUCUUCGUUCGCGAUCGACGGCGACCGUCGAAGACCUCGACUCUAAAAAGGGGACGCUUUUGAACGGGGUUCAGAUAAGGGGGCAGAAGGCACAGUUGGUGGAAGAUGCGAACGAAGUGAAGCUGGGCGCAUGCUCCAAGGUCCUUCGGAUCCGAUGGGAGCCAGUCGUUCUCAGCUUUUCCUUCACAUCAAAAGAACUACGAGCAGACCCGUGGACGAGACUUCGCGAUGACCUGGAACAACUCGAUAUCAAAUACUCGGCUGAUUAUGGGGCGGACACCACUCAUGUGGUAUCUAAGAAACGCAACACGUCAAAAUGUUUACAAGCCUUGAUCGAUGGGAAAUACGUGGUUAUCGACAGCUUCAUCAACGCGAUUGUGGAUGCCGCUGAUGUUCCGGAGGAUGCGGAAGAGGGUAUGCCGAGUAUGCUGGAAGAAGACUUCGAAGCAUCCUGGCCAACAGCCCUUGACCAUCUGCCUCCACGUGGCGAGGAGCCCCCCGAACGGCCGCCCGAGUCAUACGCACCCGAUAGCCGACGACAAGAAGUGUUUGACGGCUACACAUUCGUUUUCUACGAAGAGAAGCAGUACGAGAACUUGUUCCCGGUCAUCACCGCCGGGAAGGGGAAAGCUUUGCUCAAAGAAGUGACACCGGGCAAAACAGACGUUGACGAUUUUAUCCGAUAUGUCAAGGGUUUGGCGGGGGAAAAGGGUCUAGGGUCGUUUGAGGAUGGCAGCGAGGGCAAAGGAGUGGUGGUUGUUCGGUACAUACCGAAGGGAGAUGAUUAUGAGUGGUAUGCUCAGUUCCUGACCUCGUUCGCCCAACGGCUCGAUCUCCGGCCGAUCGACCAACGCGAGUUUCUCGAAGCUAUUUUGGACUGUGAUGCCUCUAUGCUGCGGCGACCUCUGGAGUAUGCGACUCAGCAACCCGGUCCUGGGCCUCAGGAUCGGGACUCCUCCACCGACCCGGAUCGAAUGGAAGUUGACCGGGGCUCCGAACAGGAGUCUGCCCCAGUGCCAGCGUCACGGCUUGGGCGGGGUCGCAGGGGUGGGCGGAGCAGGUUUAAAGGCUUCGAUUUUGAUGAUGGUGGUGAGCCGAGUAUAGAGGAAACCCUUCCCGUGGAAGAUCCUGAACCCCAGCAUGCCGCUGCAGCUUCACAAGACAGCCUUUUCGUCUCUCAGACCCGAGAGUCGGUUUCCGUUGCAGAGACUGAAUACCGUGCGGAGCGCCCCGCUCGGCCGACACGGCGUAAACGGCCAUUGUCACCCCUACCGGAGCAAGAUGACGCAGCGUUUAUGGAUGAGAUAGCCCCGACAGCGGCUGCGGCCAAACGCCGACGCAUCGAGUCUGGUCAACCAGAUCCAUCGCUUCCUGAGCCAGAGCCGACGCCCCCACCAAAUGAACCCGAAGAGUUGGUGCAAUCUUCGCCCCAAGAAGCGCCAAAGAAGGGUCAGGCAGCAAGGGGCAAGGGGAAAAAGAUUAAAGAAGAGAAAGAGAGCAAUAUUUUGGAGCUUGCGCGGCGCCAGCGGGAGGAGGCUGAGGCUCUCGCAGCCGCAAAGCGGAAUGAUCUAGAGAACUUCCCCGACGACGGAAUCGAUUAUGCAGCCAUCCGAUCUCUGCAUAUCAUCGAAGAAUGCGAGGUGCAUGUCCCGGAGCCUGGCCACAAUGGAGGACGCACCCGAGACCAAGAUAUCGCCGACGGUCGGUGGGAUCCGCGGUGGAAUGGUCGCAAAAACUUCAAGCGGUUCCGCAAACAGGGCGACACGGCAGGCCGCCAGGCGCCCCGGAUCAUUAUUGCUCUAGAGGAGGUGAAGCCGAAGGAAUACGGCAUUGGGGACGAUUACUGGCUAGAAGAAGAGGACAACGGGCGGCGGAAAAAAGAUACUCUGCGUGAAACGCACGACCAGACCGAUCAGCCAUCGCUGGGGGGCAGGUCAGACACCUUGGUCCCUGGGGGAACAGAAAAUGAAAAGGAAAACCAGAGAGAGGCAAAUAGGUCUCGCCCAACAACGCGACGCACCGUCCUCGCGAUCGAUAGUAGCGACGAUGAGGAUAUUGAGGACCCGACAGGCGAACCUUCCAACGCUGCUUCAGGAGAUGGCAGUGUAAUCCCCGAGUCUGAACCCUCUCGAAGCCGAGCUGCCAAGGCAGCUGAGAAGGCCAACUCCCAACGUAGUCGAUCUCAGCUGCAAACACAAACACAGUCACAGAGCCAGACGAGAUCAGGGGCAACAUCGUCCAAUAAGCGGUCUGCACCGACAGAUUCAAACGCAAGUCGGGUGGCUAAGAGGCCAAGGAGAGGAUUCCAGCCGCCGGCCGAUGAUGAUAGCGACGAUAGUGACGAUGAACCUGGGUUCCGGUUUGGGAGGCGGAGAUAA